GCGUCGAGGCACAACAGCUCGCCGAAAAAGUACAAAGGGGCGAGGCGGGAGGCGCGCGCCGAGGGGCUUGAUCGCGUGCGUUUCCGGCGCGCGUGCAGUCCAGCAGCCGGUCGGUUCGUCGAACCGUCGCCAUGUCCUUCAGGAAAGCCGGCGCGACGUUCAGUUCUGCGUUCCGGACGGGCAGUACGCGGACUCCUCCUCCUCCGAGGUGCCCGGGAGCGGGUGGGGCGAGCAGGGGGCUGACUGGCGGGACCGGCGGGAUCGGCGGCCGGGUCGUGGACGCCAAACAAAAUGGGCCAAGUUGCGAAGCCAGCUCGUGCAAGACGGGCGUCAGCGGCGAGCGGGUCGCCCCGUUCAGCACCACGCCUUCACCUGCGGCCAGCGCGGACCCAGCCGGGGGGGGAGCGACGACGACGACGACGACGAGCCGUCCGGAGGCUCCCGGAGGCUCCGCAAGGAGGUCGUAUUGCGGCACCUCCGGGAAGAUGGACCGGAAAAGUUACCUCUGGGCCCGCUACAACGAAAUGAAGCGGCUGGUCCACGACUUGAUCCCACCAGGUGUGUGUAACCUCCUCAAUCCCUCCUCGAUCUACGCCAACAACGAGGUCAGCCUGGCGGAGGUGGACAUCUACGGCUUCGACUACGACUACACGCUGGCCCUGUACUCCAACAUGCUGGACACCAUGAUCUACAAUACCGCCAGGAGCUUCCUCAUCGAGCACUUCAAGUACCCUGUAGACAUCCACAAGUACGACUACAUCCCCAACUUCGCUGCUCGGGGCCUCCACUAUGACAUCCAGAAGGGUCUCCUGAUGAAGAUCGAUGCGUUUCACUACAUUCAGCUGGGAACUGUGUACCGGGGUCUGAGUCCGGUGCCAGAUGAGGAGAUACUGCAGCUGUAUGGGGGGACUCACCACAUCCCCCUGCACCAGGUCAGCGGCUUCUAUGGGAAGGGUCCAAAGGUGAAGCAGUUCAUGGAUAUCUUCUCCCUCCCAGAAAUGACCCUUUUAGCUGUGGUCAAUGAUUUCUUUAUCACAAAUGACAUAGAAUAUGAUCCGGUUCACCUCUACAGGGACGUCUCUGAAGCGAUUGGUAUGGUUCACAUCAAAGGUUACAUGUACAAAUGGAUUAUGCAGGAUGUGGAGAAGUACAUCCUGAGAGGAGAGGAAACAUGUGCCGUGUUGCAGCGACUGGUUGGUGACGGGAAGAAGCUGUUCCUCAUUACCAACAGCCCGUUCAGCUUUGUGGAUAAAGGCAUGAAAUACAUGGUGGGGAAAAACUGGAGAGACUUUUUUGAUGUGGUCAUCGUGCAGGCAGACAAACCCCACUUCUUCAAUGACUGUGCCAAACCUUUCCGACGCUUGGAUGGGAAUGGCGACCUUCAGUGGGAUCGGAUAAACAGCUUGGAUAAGGGACAGAUCUACAAACAGGGGAACCUGUUUGAUUUCCUCAGACUGACAGGCUGGAGGGGAUCUAGAGUUCUGUACUUCGGAGAUCACCUUUACAGCGACUUAGCCGACCUGAUGCUGCGGCACGGCUGGCGGACGGGAGCCAUCGUACCCGAGCUGGAGCUGGAAACUAAAGUGGUGAACACAGAGCAGUAUUCCCAAAGCCUGACCUGGCUGCAGGCCCUGACCGGCCUGCUGGAGCGCAUGCAGAUGCACCGUGACCUGGAGUCAAAACAGAUUUUGCAGGAAUGGUUGAAAGAGAGAGAAGAACUCAGGGCGAUGACGAAGAACCUGUUCAACCCUCAGUUUGGCAGCAUCUUCCGAACAUGUCACAACCCCACCUACUUUUCCAGACGCCUGUGCCGCUUCUCGGACGUCUACAUGGCCUCCAUCAGCUGCCUGUUGAACUAUGACCUCUCCUACACAUUCUACCCCCGCCGCACCCCGCUGCAGCACGAGGCGCCCCUCUGGAUGGACCAGCUCUGCACCGGCUGUAUGAAGACCCCUUUCCUGGAGGAGAUGGCUCAUAUACGCUGAGGGCUGACAGGGAUUUCUGGUUUUUUGGGGUUUUUUUUUUUAACGGCUUUGAGAAGGCCUUGCUGGACGAGAUGUUACAGUGUUACAGGGAAUUCCUGCUCAUCUACACUACCUUGACCUUUCCCGAUACGUCCACUAGAGGGCGCGUUAGAUUUAUUGGUUUUCGGAGAGCGUUGAGAUUUGCUGAGGGACAUUAUUCUAAGUGUUGUAGUUGUUUUUUUUUAAAUUUUCUUGAUAAUCCAAGUAGUAUUAGUGCACGCCCCUGUUCUGUUAGUUAUAAAUGAGACGUUUCACCCUCGUCAGGCCUCAAGCGAGGCCUCAUGAGGGUGUUUUUAUAGUAGAAAAAGGUGAACUAUCUGACCGCUGUUGACAUUUUUUUUUAAAACGGAGAUGACGAAUCAUGUCGGUUUGUAUUGUAUGUUGAAUUUUCAGAGUUUUUUUUUAAUCAACUGAGUGUGAAGAAGACUUGAUUUCUGCUUCAUUUUGCUGGCAGACAGUGUGUCCCAAUAAAACCCGUCAGAGUUAU